AACACGGGCUCCGCAGACAGAGUUGAUUCGUCCGACAGUUGGCUCUACUGCUUUCUUUCUGGCGACUGUCGGUGUUUUUUCAACUAAAAAGCCGCAAAGAAGACAAGGAGACGUUGUAUUUUAAUAUAGUGAUUUAAAAAGGCGAAAGCAGCAGCGGAGAGCUCGUCGCAUAGCUUAACUAAACUCUAUCGGACAAUCCGCUGUGUUGCGGUGUCCGGAAGUUCUAAAGGGGAAAAAAGUGAGCGAGGCUUGAAAAGAAGGGAGCGGAUAGAAACAUCUGACCAGGUUUCUCCGAGCGCAUUCAAACACCGUUUUCUCUCGUAAAUCUCACCGAGGGGAGCGCCUGACUUUAGGUAUCUGAUAAUUAGCUGUGUGGAUUAAUUUAUCGAUGGGUCUGCCGACGCUGGAGUUCAGUGAUUCUUUCCUGGACAGCCCGGAGUUCAGAGAGCGACUGCAGUGCCAUGAGAUAGAGCUGGAGCGCACCAACAGGUUUAUAAAAGACCUCAUCAAAGAUGGAAACAUGCUCGUUUCUGCGCUCAGAAGUCUUUCUCUUGCUGUUCAACGGUUCUCUCAGUCUCUGCAGGAGUUCCAGUUUGAAUGUAUUGGAGAUGCUGAGACUGAUGAUGAGAUCAGUAUUGCACAGUCCUUGAAGGAGUUCUCUCAGCUGUUGAGCACCAUGGAGGAGGAAAGAAAACGACUGAUCCAGAACGCCGAUGACGUGUUGAUCUCACCACUUGAGAGGUUUCGUAAGGAGCAGAUUGGAGCUGUUAAGCAGGGAAAGAAGCAGUUUGACAAAGAGACAGAGAGGUACUACUCUGUUCUGGAGAAACACCUCAGCCUGUCCCCCAAAAAGAAGGAAUCGCAUCUACACGAGGCUGAUUCACAGAUGAGUAAGGACAGGCAGGUUUUUUAUGAUGCAUCGCUGCAGUAUGUCUUCAAGAUCCAAGAAGUGCAGGAGAGAAAGAAGUUUGAAUUUGUGGAGCCGUUAUUAGCCUUCCUGCAGGGUUUAUUUACAUUCUACCAUGAGGGCUACGAACUGGCCAGUGAGUUUGAACCCUACAAGCAGCAGCUUCAGUUCAACCUACAGAAUGCUCGCAAUAACUUUGAAAGUACGCGUGCUGAGGUUGAGAGGCUGAUGAAGAGGAUCCAGUCUGCAGAGGAAGACUUCAAAGCCCCCACCUGCUAUACCAUGGAGGGAUAUCUGUACAUACAGGAGAAACGUCCAUUGGGGAGUGUGUGGACCAGAUACUACUGUACUUAUCAAAAAAGUUCCAAGAUAUUCACCAUGAGCAACAGAGAGUCCAAACCAGCCAGCAGACAGAACGGCGUGGUGAAUGGCCCACCCGAGAUGUUCAAUCUGCAGUCGUGUGUCAGGAGGAAGAGGGAUUCAAUCGACAAACGCUUCUGCUUCGACAUCGAGGUGGUGGAGAGACACAGCGUCAUCACCCUGCAAGCUCUCUCUGAGGCAAACAGGCGGCUGUGGAUGGAGGCAAUGGAUGGAAAAGAACCUAUUUACACUCUGCCUUCUUUGCUGGGUAAAAAGGAGGAGACAUUUCUCAACGAAGUGGGCCUCAACUUUGUUAAGAGGUGUAUCGAGCUAGUUGAAACAACAGACAUUAACACCUUGGGACUGUACAGGAUUGAAGGCUCGAACUCCAAAGUGCAGCGGUUGAUGAAGAGUGUGUUUGCAUCCACAGCUCCCGCUAACAUGCAGCUCGACGCAGACAACUGGGACAACAUCACCACCAUCACCAGCGGCCUAAAGAAUUAUUUCAGGUGUCUGGCAGAACCACUACUGACCUACAGACUGCAUAAAGAAUUCAUAAAGGCUGCAAAGCAUGAUGACCAGAAGUACAGAGUGAGAGCAAUUCAUGCACUUGUUCAUAAACUACCAGAAAAAAACAAAGCAAUGUUGGACCUCUUAACAAGCCACCUCCACAAGGUGUCCUGUCACAGUGGCCAGAACAUGAUGACUGUGUCCAACCUGGGGAGGAUGUUCGGCCUCACGUUGAUGAGGUCUCAGGAAGAGACGGUGGCCGCCAUGAUGAACAUGAAGUUUCAGAAUAUUGUGGUUGAGAUUAUCAUUGAAAACCACCACAAGAUUUUCAGUGAGGCCCCAGACUUGUCAGUGCCGCUAUCUCCGUCCUCUCGGUCGACCCCUCGGAGGAACAAGGUCAUCUGUCUGUCAUCAGGAAAGAGGAAGGCCCGUCUCUACUCGCCUGCUCUCUGCCUGGCAGAUAAUGACAGUGACACGUUCAGUAGCAGCUCCAGCACGACGCCGAUGGGCAGCCAAGAGUCUCUGUCCUCACACUCCUCUGAGAAGAACGGAUUCUCUCAGACCUCUGGUCCGUCCUCUCCCGCCAUUGAGCCAGACUUGUCCACCACAGCACAGGUGUCACCUCCUGUGGCGUCCUCCUGUUCCCCGUCCCGCAAUUCCUCAAACGGGAAUGAUCAGAAACACUCGACAGAUGUCGCCGCCUCCCCCCACCUCACUCCUUCUUCCAGGACUUCCUCCCAGCUUACUCCAGCCCAGCUAACUUCCUCUGUGUCCUCCUCCAUGUCCUCCUUACUUUCUGCAGAGAGGACUCUGUCUGUCAAAGAAAAUUCAACUGCCUCCAUGUCUUCUGUAAAAGAGUCAAGGUCUCCCUCUGUAGCCUCCUUGUCCUCCGCCUCCAUCCAGCACUCUUCAGUGGAGCGCGCCUCCUCUCUCAGGGAGGGUCGACCUAUGCAGAGAGUGUCAUCUGUGUCCUCUGUGAAGAGCACUCAUUCAGUGGAUCAGAGAAAUGCCUCCCCCACUGUGACAGAAACCAGAGUGACAGACUCCACCUCUCCUCAGCAGUGCAGGAAAAACUACAGGACUGCGUCCUCCUCCUCUUCCUCGUCCUCUUCAUUAUUUCCAUACCGGCUUUCCACAUCUUCCUCUCUCACCUCCCUACACAUCUCUGAGGAUUACAAAAGCUGUUAUGGAUCAGUACAGAGUCUCAUGUCGCUGGAGCCACAAGAGGCAACACGCACACGGAAAACUUCACACAUUCGCUGUGGCUCUGAUAUAAUGGGAAAACGCUCUGCAGCCAUGACGUCCAGCAACGGCUACCAGAAGCCUGGAUCAGUAUUAUCAGUCAGGCUGCCGGAGCGUGAGAGUUCAGUGUUCUCCUCAGCAUUAGACAUAUGUUCCUCUGGAAAGGAAGCAAAAGCUCUUUACUCCUGUGAGGCAGAGCACAGCCAUGAGCUCAGUUUUCCACAGGGGGCGCUGUUCUCUAAUGUGUACCCGUCAGUGGAACCAGGUUGGCUUCAGGCGACGUACAAGGGCAAAACAGGCCUCAUACCUGAGAACUACAUCACAUACAUGUGACGACCGAUGAUGUCGUCACCGCAUCACUGAGUAACACAAAGAAUGGAUUAGUUUAGACCUUAUUGAUCUCACAAUGGAGAAAUUCACUCACAAAGAUCUAACUUAGACUGUAGGGAUCCACAGUGCAGUAAUGCAGUAAAACUCUGUGCUGCUGAUCAGAUGUAAUAUAUUUAUCAUGUAACUGUGACUGUUAUUAUCACUGAACUACUGGGGCAGGAUAUGAAUGAUGUAAGUACUGUAUGUAUCCUGACUACUAUAUGUAUUAACAUAUACAUAAAAUCAAAUCUGACUUCUCUUCCAUUCACAUGUGAAAUCUUCACUUUUUUAACAUAAUUAGCUCCUAUCUUAUGUUUGUGUUCAGCGAUCUCGCUGCAGUUCUGAGAACAUUAUAAAUACAUGAAAUGUGUCUGGAAGGUACAUGAAAACACUAUUUUUCUAUCAGUGUUGGUAAUUUAUGCAUUUGUAAGUGAUCAUAUUAAUGUUAUAGCUGCAUGUCCAGAGAUAACCUGGAACAGUAUGAGCUGGUGGUCAAAGAUUGAAUCCUAUCAUAACGCCCUCUUCCUACUGUCUGUCAGUUUUCAAGCUGUCCUAAUAAAC